AUGGCAACAAUUCACUCCACUACCACUACAGCCUACAGCUCGUCCUCCUCUUCGUCGUCUUCCUCAUCCUCUUCCACAACGCCUAUCCCAUACCGCUCGUCACGCUGGCCAGCUCGCCUCCUUGUCUGGACUGGCCUCAGCCAUAACCUAGUCGGCGCGUUCGUGCUACCCCAGAUCGGCGGCAACUUCAUGGACGCCAUCAGACACGGAUACGUCAACCAGUUUGAAAAGAACUUCCCCCGCUUAAACGCCUUUUGGUUCAUGGUUGUCGGCGUCAAUCUCAUCCUCCUGGGCCGUGCCGUCGAUUGGUAUCUCUUCCCUGAGGACAAGGAGCAGGCACCCAGCGCUGCAUUGACUGACGACAAGGAGAAGGAGAAGUCCCAAAAGGAGCAGAAGAAGAGGAAUCUUGUUCGCUCGGAGAGGGUGGUGCCUAGGGAGUUGGGGUACUGGUGCUUGGGUCUGGGUGUUGUUGGUAUUGCCGCGUUGCCUAAGGGUGGAUUCUACUUGAUGCUCUUCCAGGGUGCCGCCAUUCUCCUUGCCAAGUAG